CACGAGUUCAGGCCAUCGGUUGACUCGGCAGUUUCGCUCCGUCCGCAACCGAAGAUCGAGAGUUGUCCGUCUGGGAAUUCCCCGAGUUUUUUGUUUAUCUUUUUGGGGUGCCUUUUCAAUUAUCUUCUAUUUUGCAAAUCAAUAAGCGAGACGCGUGUGUGUUGAUAGCGCGAAGACCUUCCAAAUAGAAAAGAAGGGUGGAAACCAGUUCAUUACGUCACCACAAUAUUGAACGCGGGUGAUCUUUUUGAUCGAAGUUUUGGAAAACGGGAGAGACUUGUAAAGCUGAUUUGAAUAUUUGGAACAUUUUUGGCGAAAUUUGGAAGUGAGAAGCCAUACUAAUGCGUGGAUAUGUCGACUGCGAAGUAGAAAAUGUCUGGAAGAGUGAUGUUUUUCCGGCUAGGAUAGAGAGCCCUCAACAUCAUCACCAACACCACGAUCACGCUCACUAGCAGCAGCCUCCAGCAUCACUAUCUGUAGAAUUCCUGCUGAAAAAAAAGCAGCUUUCGAGCAAAUAAACGCCAGCAUCCUCCAGCCAGAAGAGCUUAAGUGUGUGCGUACGUUUGAGAUUCAGGAACGGAGAGCAACUGCAUCUGCGACUGCAUCUCGUCCACAGCUACAGCAACAACAACAACAACAACACUUCUAAGGGCAUUAGAAAAAAACAGCUGCUGCACUCCGGAGGAAAAUCCGUUCGGCGGUGAUCUCGAAACCAGUCACUGUUCAGCAGCCGACGGUGCAACAACAAAGUUUCUUCUUACUGUCCUGUUUUUUUCCCCUCACUCUCUGAACGUGCAUUCUUCUUCGAGUCCCAACAACACAGUGAGACGUCGAGAAUCAAGAGUGCGCGAUUGUGUUCCUUGAGCCCCACAAACUAGGAUAAACAAGCCCACCUUUAUUGCUAUUUUAUCAAAUAAAGGAAAAAAAGCAACUGUGUGUGGACAACGAACGCGUUCGGAGGACGAGUGCAUUUGUGAAUACAUUCUACACAAUUAUGAUGGUUGCGAAGGUUCAGUCCUUACCGCAGGUUCAGUCCUUAGCGCAGGACUUUACUGAUAACAAGGUCAAAGAUGAAGGGCCGGCGUAUGCGAUGACCUCGUCCGUAUCGUAUCACGCGGAGUUGACACGUCUGGAAUCAUUCCGCAAUUGGUCGAUUUCGUUUAUCAGCAAGACUGAGCUGGCCCGCUAUGGAUUCUUCUAUGUCGGGCCGAACGAUAUGGUGAAGUGUUUUUUCUGUCGGGUGGAAAUUGGUCUUUGGGAACCAAAUGAUAAUGUCCUGUCGGAACACCUCCGAUGGUCGCCGUACUGUCCGCUGCUUCGUAAGCGGCAAACGAAUAACGUACCGAUCGAUGGUAGUUUUCUGGAUCAACUUCCGGAACCAAGCUACGAUACCUGUGGCAUUCGGAUACGGGAAAAUUCGGUAGCCGAAAAUGCAUACUCAUCCUCGGAUCGGAGCAGCAACGGUUCAUCGAUAUCGUCCCCGCCUAGCUCGUUAAGCUCGGAUUCGAGUUUACCCUUUCAGGCGGUGUCGGCGCCUGUCGAAUUCUCAGAACCUCCGUCGCAGCCGCAGCAAAAGCGGCCGGAAUAUCCCAACUAUGCCAUCGAAGCAAAGAGACUGGAAAGCUACGAAGAUUGGCCGAAAUUUAUGAAACAAAAGCCCAAGGAACUUAGUGAUGCCGGAUUUUUCUACACCGGAAAAAGUGAUCGGGUCAAGUGUUUCAGUUGUGGGGGAGGGCUCAAGGACUGGGAAGCGGAAGAUGAACCUUGGGAACAACAUGCCAUGUGGUAUAGUAACUGUGAGUACCUGAAACUGAUGAAGGGCGAAGAAUACAUCGCUCUGUGUCUAGCUAAGAAGGAAAAUCCUUCUGAAGGAGUGUCCUGUGAACAGCGUUGCAAUUCUGGAGAAAUUGGCCCAUCGACCUCCCCACAACCGUCAACCUCCGGAGUAGCUUCGGCGGCUACCACCUCGCUACCUUCGUCACAAUCUUCAAGCUAUUCCGAAACGAGCCACGGUCACGUUGCUAAGAUGCCACGCACUCACAGCAGCAGCAGUAGUGGCCUCGAGGACGAAGAUGAACCCAAUCGAAAAUCGGAUACCAGCAGGAUUUGCAAAAUUUGUUAUGUUAACGAAUACAACACAGCAUUCUCACCGUGCGGUCACGUGGUUGCAUGUGCUAAGUGUGCGUCCUCAGUAACCAAGUGUCCCCUCUGCCGGAAACCAUUCACCAAUGUGAUGCGAAUUUACCUGAUGUGAGCGGGAUGGAACUCCCUCACAGACUGAUAGAUUUUCAAUCCAGUGCUGUUCGGCUCCUCUGGGGCACAAAUAAUCUGGAAAAUAACUGCUUCGAAAUACAGUUUUUUUUCGAGCAGAGGUUCCCAUCAGAACAACGCUCCCUGCUGGUAUCUCCCGUCGGGAAAGACAUCUAAGUCAUCUGACCGAGCACAGUCAAUCUGUGAUUCACUUUG